CUGACAGAUGACAAAGGAAAAGUAAAUACUGACCAUAAAAAGAAAAGGAGACGUCAUAGCUCAUCCAAUUCACAAAAUAACAAGAAAAAAUCCAAAACUGAAAACUCGGUGAGAAAUCAGGACAAGUCUGAUGAAAAUGCAGUGUCUGAUAAAGAAAGUGGAAAUGAUAUUGAUUCUAUAAUUAAAUCCAUAAAUGAUGGGGAAAAUGCUGGGAAUAUGAAAGAUGAGCAUAAGCUGGCAUGGUUUGAAAAUGUUGACCCCGUCUUGGUGGAUGACGAUCUGAUUGGCCCCGAGUCUCCCUGUCAACCUUCAGAUGCUGAAGUAAGUGAUAAUGAAGAUGCUGUUGAGGUGGACAUGGAUGAGGAAGAUGACUUCAUUGUUACCAAGGAGAGCAAUCAAGAGCAAGCUGAAAGAUUGAAGGAAAAGAAAAGAAUUGAUGAAUUAAGCAUGAACGCUGUAGCACUGGACUGUGAGAUGGUGGGAGUUGGGGUAGGUGGUUGCAGCUCAGCCCUGGGUCGUGUCAGCAUCGUUGACAGGCGAGGGGAUGUUCUCUAUGACCAAUUUGCUGAACCUGUUGAACCUGUUACUGACUACAGGACACGCUAUUCCGGCAUCAGGCCUGAGAACCUGAAAGAUGCACCGCCCUUCAGUGAGGUGCAGGCGGAGGUUGCAAAGCUCAUAAAAGGACGCAUUGUUGUUGGCCACGCGCUAAAAAAUGACUUCGGAGUGUUGCUGCUCUCACACCCGCAACAGCUCAUACGUGACACUAGCUUGUACCGCCCCUUCAUGGAGCGCUACCGAAGGGCUGCUCCCUCACUGAAGAACCUCAGCAGGGACUUCCUAGGUCUUGUAAUUCAGGAAGGCGAGCAUGAUUCCGUAACGGACGCUCGUGUGGCCAUGCGGCUGUAUUACCUGAACCGUGUCAAAUGGGAGAGAAAUAUCGCUAACGGCACCCGCGGUCACUUCAGCAAGUCAAUGCUGGCGGCCAAACCCACGUCUUCUGGUCACGGCAGGUCGCAGCGACGACGAACGGGGAACAAGAACAAGAGGAAGAUCGGCAAGGCUAGCCACAGCAAGUCCCGUAGGAAGUAAUCGUCGCAUAGAUGUAGCAGCCAAAAAUUGGUCAUUGUUAGUAUACUGACGCUCAAAUGUUGAUCGUGAUCAAUUUAAAUGCAGGGUUUGGAUCAGAUAUCGAGUAAGAAUCGUGCAGUGCUGGCCGUUGCUAGGCAUUAACUAGAGUUCAGCAUAGUAAGAUAAACUUGCUUCUUUCAUGCUCGAACAAAAAGUGUACGAGAAUUUCUUCAUAAUGUUAGAAAAUUGAAUUUCAAAUUUUCCUCGGAUUGUUUGUUUUACUAUCAGUAAUUUCUCCACACACGUUACUUGCCUGUUAAUUUUUUCAACAUUUCACGUCAAGUGAAUGAAAGUUUCUUUUUUCUCUUAUGAAAGUUGCUCUUCAUAUUCAUUUGCUUCAUUUUCACUAUUCUCUUUUGUUGUGCGCCUAUGAAUACUGAUCUUCUAAAUUUCUCUUGUUAUUUCA